GGGCGCGCCGGGGGAACGAGCGCGGCAGCGGUCCCGGUGCGGCGGCGCGGAGGGGCUGCGGUAGCCCAGCGGCCGCACGGCGGACCUGUGCCCGCCGGCUCUGUGCGAGGGACUGGCGGCAGCGCGAAAGUGGGUCACGACGGGGCAGCAGCGCCUCGGGCACCGGCGGGGCGGGACCGGACCUGACCUGGGUGCGGCGGCCCGAGCAGGGCGCCUCCCGCGUUCCUGGGCGGCCCCGCCCGGGCGGUUGGCCUCCCGCCCGGCGCCCCAGCCCGCCCUCUCCCUGCGGCCGCCGCGCGUCCCUCCCCCGCCGCCUGCCCUUCCUCACUGGGCAUCCGCGCUGGAUCCCGGGAGAGGCGGGCCGGCUCGGACGCCGUCUCUCCGGCAGCCGGCGGCGACCGGGGCUAUGGGCACGCCGGCCUCGGUGGUGAGCGAUCCUCCGAGGCGGGCGGCGCCCGCAGCCCGCGGCCGCAAGCGGGCCUCGGCCAACAUCUUCCAGGGCGUGGGGCUGCCGGAGCUGCGGAGCCUGUUCCGGAGCGGCGGGGCCGAGCGGGCCGAGGAGCGCGCCCGCCUCGUCUGGCGGUACGCGGGCCAGCGGCGCAUGGUGCGCGCCCUGCGGCGGCUCCGGGGGCGGCGGCGGCCGGCCCGGCCCGGCGGCGGAAUGGCGGCUCUGCGGCGCUUCAGCCGCCUGCGGAUCGCGGAGAAGGAGCCCGGUGGCGACGGCGGGGCCGAGCUGCCCUCGAGGUCCACGUGAACGGCCACGCCGUGGAGGAGCGGGGCUGCCGGCCAGCGGCUGCCAGGCCACCAGGACUCCCUGAGGACACCCAGUGUAGUGGACAGGGUGCAGUGGUGAAUAAAUGCUGGACGGUG